AUGGCGGAACGAGCAUUCUCUUACCUAGGCGAUGAUAAAUCUUACAUCUCAUAUCUUGAAACUCAGCUUAUGAUGGCGCUGUCCAUGAUCACCAGGGAGGAGGAUACCAUCCCGCAGGAGCCACAAUCUCCCCGCAGCAUCCAGUUUGUGCAAUGCCACCCUCAAAUCGACAGCCAAUCGCGGUUUAACCUUGACGGAAAACCCGCAAAGUGGAAGAGACAACUUGAGGAUUUUAUCUGUGCCAUCCCUUCUGAAGCCCAAUGGGCUGAUGCGAGAACCAAGGCGGGGAUUCACACCAAAGACAGGAAUCGAUAUGCGCUGCGAUUAAUGCUCGGUCAUGCCGCCGAGGCGCCUCUCAGCGAAGUCAGGGGCAGUCCUAUAAUUUCUCGCGUUACACACACUGAACACGAAGGUCUCGUGCUUAGAGGCUACCGAUACGCCGAUUUCAUCAACAGCUGUGUGGAUGAUCAGAAUUUCACGAUAUCAGUGGUCGCUUUCCAGAAGCUGAUUUUCGUCAGUUUUUGUGUGGUGAUGUUACAGACAGGGAUUUCCCAAAACACCACCGAUAAUAUGAUGAGACACUACUUUCACCAAUGUAAGGACCAAAAAACGCUGGAAGGGUAUCGUCACGGUGCGUUGUGGGUAAAUAGAUGCAUUGCGGCGCUCCUCGCAAAUGGCUGGGGCCACAAGAGUUGGGAAAUUUUCUUACUCGAGGGUCGGUCACCUGCGCAAUUUGCCCGGUUUGCCGCCAAUGAAAAAGGCAGCUAUGCGCAAGUGGCAAACCGACUGGGGCAAACCAAGGUGCCGGUCAUGGAACACGACUGGAUUCCGCUGGAGCAGAUCUGCAACAUUCUUGGAUACGGGACGCUAGACGACUCGCCGGUCUUGCAAAUAUCCACUCAGUUCACCGAUUCUAUUGGAUAUGUCACGCACGAACCCGUUCAGCAACUCAUGCUUCCCGAACCAUUGCAGCAAAUUCCCCCUGGAGCUCUAAGCCCUUUCCAGUUGCUCUAG